AUGUCUACGGAAGAAGUGUCCUAUAGACUUGAAGAUGUACUGACAAAUUUCUAUAAAAUAGAAAAGAUCGAAAAAAUAAAUUAUGCUCAAUAUACUUGUAAAAAUAGAGAUGAUCAAUGGGCAUUGAAAACAGAAAUGAUAUUGAGGAAAAAUGAUCCAAAAUGCUUAAUUGCUUCAUUAUCUAGAGAAUUAUGGUGUUUCAGUAUGAACGAUGAUCCCUUGCCAAUAAUUCAUAGUACAGCUUCUGACACCUUAAAUAAUACCAAACAAAAAAAUAAUAGUGGUAAUUCAAAUGAUACUGAUAAUUUAACACUUGAUUUGACAAAUACCAAAGUUCCAUCAACUACUGAUGAUACCAUAGUCCAUCCGGAUAAAUCUGAUGUGUUCGAUGCCAAUUAUUCAAAACCAAAUUUACCACCUUCAUAUGCUAUUUUCCUAAAGGCACUUAGGAGGAUGAUCUAUUUGAAUUUAACUUCAAAGUCCAACAGAAAUUUACUACCUAUAGGUAACGGCUGCAUAAUAUCAUAUUUUGACUAUAAUAAAGAAAACAAAUAUAUGCCCAAAUCUUUAAUCAACAUUGACGAUGAAAACUUACGUUCAAAAACAUAUUUACAUAAUAAAUCGGAUAGAACUGUCAAAACUUAUAUUCUACAAAUCGAACCACAUCUGUUUGAAAAUGGUGACUUAACUUUAUCUCUAUCUUUGAAGCAUUCUGAUUUAUUACCCCUGAAUAUUGGUUCAAUUCCGCCUGCUAAUGAUCAAAAUGGUUUUAUACAUAAAUCAUUUGUAAAAGAAAAUGCCAUAUACAUAUUGCCAUCAGGUACACGAGCAUAUCUCCCCUCAUUGCAAUUAAAAGAUUGUUUAACAACACAGCCUGAAAAUAGCGAGGUGUUAUUGAAGACACUCGCUAUAUCUCAUGGUGUAGACCUAUUAGAAAGAAAGAAAGAAAUCGAGUGGAUUAAAAUCAUUCCAAAUCUAACAAACUUUAAUGGCCAACUUCCCACGAUAGCAUCCUUUAAUAAACCGUCAGAUGACACAAGAACAAUAUCAUGGCCAUUAGAUUUGAUUUACAUACAACCUGCAUCUAAUAACAAAUCUGCAUCUCCACUUCAUGAAACAUACUCCAAUUCCCAAUCUGCAAAGCUAGAGGGAAACAAAACCAAAUCCCAGCAAUGUAAUAAUACUUCAAGUGGUUCCAAUAAUAACAGUAGUAAUAUAUUCCCAUCUGAUUUAGAUGAUGCAUUCAAUAUUAUAGACAAUUAUAUACAACUAAGACAAUCGUCGGCAUACAGGACACCGGGAAUAUUUGGGGCACUAUCUACUAAUAAUCCUUCAAGUUCAGGAGGAGCCUAUACAGAUCAAUUUCAAAUUUUUAAUAGAAGUACUGCCUCAAAUAGUAACUCUGUUUCUAUAGCAACCGCGAAUGCACAUUCAACCUCUGAGAUGAAUCCAAGAAGUGCACAGCCAUUUUCAACUACAAAUAGCUAUAGCAAUAUAGAUAUGAAAUUUACUCCUACCCUGGAUCAGACUUUGGUAAAUAAAACCGCACCUGUUACUUCACAACCAGGAAAGAUAAUUAGAAGUCUAAGUGAAAACCCUAUAGCUGCAAAAUCAACAUCUUCUAUUGACAUGUUGACUAAUGAAGGGACUGAUAAUAAAAUUCGUGAUGUAAUUGAGCAGCCGCCGUUCUCUUCUAAAGAAUCGUCAAAUUUUGAAUCAGUGUCUAUUGAUUCGGUAGAAGAUAAAGAAUUGUUUGGAGAAGAUUACGAAGAUUUUGAGAAUGAAGAAAAUAAUAAUAGUUUUAAUGAAACACGCACCGUUUCUGACAAACCCAAUAAAACGAGAAAUGCUUCUGAUGAAAUUACCGAAGAUAUGUUUGAAAUGUCAGAUGAUGAAGAGGGAGAAAAUACCAAUUCUAGGAACCGUAUGUUUACCAAUUCAUUAGAAUCAGACAAUAAAAGGUUUUUUAAAGAGAAUAUCGAGAAAAUACAAAGAGAUCCAACAAAGCGGUCUACCUUAAAGAGACAGUAUUUAGAUAUUCCGUUAGAAGAAAUAACCUUGUCAAACAGUCCAUUAUAUAUGGAUCCUGGUGCACCACUACCAGUCGAAACGCCAAGAGAAAGGAGAAAAAGUGUUUUUGCCCCACUUAAUUUCAAUCCAAUUAUUGAAAGUAACGUUGAUAAUAAAUACAAAAGUGGAGGUAAGUUUUCUUUUGAGCCUUCUCAGAGUGAGGAAGCUUUAAAUUUUGAUAUUUCAAAAAAUUCAAUAUCAGAAUCAGGGGAUGAUAGUGACGGUAGCGAUGAUCUGGAAGAUCUUGAAUAUAAAGGAGAGGAUAAAAAUGAAUUUAAUACAAUAGACUUAAACUUCCCAAUUACAAAUGGAACUAUGCAUGAUUUACAAGGUCAAUUAUCCUCAGGUUUAGUGAAGAAUGAUCAAAUAAGCUCUACUUUCCCAAAUACCAAUGAAGACACAAAAUAUGCAAUUAACUCUAUAUGGAGAAGCCCACCAUCCGACGGUUUAAAUGUCAAUUCACCGGUCAGAAUGAAUGAACCCCAGGCAUCAUAUAUCUAUCCCGAAUCAAAGAUGGCUAUUGAUAUUUUUCCAAAAUUUAGUUUACAACAAAAUAGAACGAAAGAUAGAAAACCAUUGGAUAAAAAUAGCAAUGAUGAAGUAUUCCCUGAAUCUUUAAAAAAUACUUCACCAAGCAGAGUCAUAAAUGAAUCUAAGAACUCAAAUUAUGAAUUUGCCACUUCUUCAAUUGCUAGUUUGCCGUUUUUGUUUAGACAUAUGCCUAUUUCAUCUAUUCCGGAGGAAUAUACUACUUCCAACCCAAUUGUAAAACUUAACAGUCCCAAGCAGGACAUUUUGAAUUUAAUAGCCGAACAAAUUAUAUUUGACUGGGAUAAGUUAGAUAAUCUCCACUACCCUGAUAAAUCUUAUAUCGGUGUUACUUCAUGUUCUGAUGGCUUAAUCAAAUCAACAGUUAGUGACUUAUUUACAAGUUUUGAGAGAGUAAAUGGAAAUAUUUUGAUAGAAAAAAUGUACAAAACUCAAAGCCCAUCAAUCUAUCUAAAGAGGCGAAACGAAAUUAUAAAAAUUAGAGCUGACUGCCAACCAUUCAGUAAAUACCUAAAUUUAAAACCUGUUAAUGCUAUAAAAAAUUUCAAAUUAUUACUGUUAACUACAUCGAAUAAAUUGGAUUGUCCGGCAUUUGUUUCUUCAUUGUGUCAGACUUAUAUAAGUCAUGAAUUUGGAUUUUGUGAAAGAUUAAAAUUAAAUAAUGAAGAUACAGAAGGUAUGGUAUACCUAGAUGAUUAUCAAGAUAGUAGAUUAUUACUAUUAGCAACUCAGCUCGUUGCUUAUUGUCUAACAACUCAAAAUUCAUCAAGGGCUAUUCCGAUAUUAUUAAUAUUUCCUUUGAAGUCAAACAGUUUAUCCGAUUUAGUACUAAUGACAUCCAAAUUUCAAAUCAUAUAUGAUGAAGUUAAAGCUAAAAUUCCUAAUGCUGAGCUAUAUUUUAAGACUGUUUUAAUGGAUUUCAUUAAGGAUCCUUUGACAUUGAUCGAUGAUUAUCACGAUUUAUCUGUUUCAAUAUAUAAUAAUUUACCAAAAAAGUCUGUGAAAUUUACCAGCAUAGUACCCAAACACCCUGAUAAGAUAAAGUUUCGCACAUCCCAAUCAAAUAAUAUCCCUUCUGCGAUACACUAUGAUACAUAUAUUCAUUUGGCAUAUUCUAGAAGUAUAGACAAAGAAUGGAUAUUUGCAGCCUUUUCUGACAGUUUUGGUAAAGAUACAUCUACCAGGGUAUGGUAUGUUGGUCGCUCUAAGACGAAGUUUGAUCAAGCUUGUACUGAAAUUUGGGCAAAUGCUUUAAAACUUGCAUCUACCAAAUAUGGAAAAAUAUGUUUAAUUCUAACAAGAUUGAACAGUAUUUUACCUGAUGAUGAAUUGAUGAAUUGGAGAAGGUUAUCAGGUAGGAAUAUUCAUUUAGCUGUUGUCUGUGUAAACGAUACUUCCAAGAUAUCAUUCGUCGAUGAGGAUCAAUUGUAUCCAACUUUUAAACCAUCUUUCAAGGAUGAUUCAUUUUCUACACCAAUAAAUCCACAUAAAUUGGGAGACUAUGAGUUAAGAGAUAUAAGUCAAGAGUUAUACAGUAUUAUCUUUGAAUACCCGUUCCCGCUAUCAAACUCACAACACAGAUGUGCUAUUAAGAGUGGUGCACUAGUAAAAUUCAACCAACGAAGGGGGUCCUUAUUGCCCAAGUUCGAAAUCAAUUUAUUGAAUUGCCCCCAUUCUGAUAGCACACAAUUGUUACAAACCAUAUUAUCAGACUUUACAAAUCUUGCAGCAUUAAAUCCAUGGUUUGGGAUUUCUAAAGGAGAAUAUUCCCAUAUACCUUGGCAUGUAUUGGCAGUCAAGAAGAUGAUGAAAAUGAUGGUCCAUAUAAAUGUAGAAACUGAAUAA